AGGCGUCGAGUUGCUGUCCGAAGGGGCGGCCAGGGACCUUCGCCCUCUGUGAUGUGGUCACGCAAGAGUCGUUAGGACACCUGCCUCGCCUCCCUGCACGCCCCCGUGGCUGCGCACCUGGCUCGGUGGCCUGGGAACUCUGGGAGCCCGCGGCCUCCAGAUGCUGUGAGAGGGGCAGCAGGGAGAUCAAAGGGGCCAGGGAUGAAGCUGGCACCGGAGUGAGCAGGUCCAGGAGCCCGGGAGAGACAGGUCUGCCUGCAGAAAAGACUUGGCAUGCAGUAAGGAAGGGCUGGACAAUAAUGGGCUGCGCCUCCCCCUGUGCCCAGCCGUCUCCGUGGGCCAUGGUGGGGAUGCGGCUGCUGCUUCUCCUGGCCUUCGAGUGUCCAGCCCUGCCCACAGGCCCUGUCUCCCUUCCUCCCUCUCCAGAGGUGAUCGCUGUCCCAAGGCCACCAGCACACAGGCCGGGCGCUGCAGUCUUCCCCUCUCUGGCCCCGCCGGUGACGCUGCUGGUGGGCGGGCAGCGGCGCACCAUGGUGGUCUGCCUGGUCCUGGACGCCGCACCCCCUGGCCUGGACGGCUCGGUCUGGUUCUCCGCCGGCAACGGCAGCGCCCUAGACACCUUCACCUACGGCCCGGCCCCCGCCACCGACGGCACCUGGACCGCGCUGGCCCAGCUGUCCCUGCCCGCCGAGGACCCGGCCGCCUGGGAGCCCCUGGUCUGCCACGCGGAGCCCGGGGCCGGGGGCCCGCGCCGGAGCACGCAGCCCCUGCGGCUGUCAGGAGCAGCCUCUGGCACCAGGACCUGCCUCCAGGAGCCUCCGGGCGGGUUCCAGGCCCAGGGCCUGUGGCUGGGGGCCCUGAGGCUGCUGCUCUUCAAGCUGCUGCUCCUUGACGUGCUCCUGACCUGCACCCACCUGCCUCAGCCUCCUGCAGCCACUGGCAGCUACCACCCUGGCACCUGGCCACAGUGACCAAGGGACUGCUAAAGGGGCACCUGCCACACAGGUCAUGAGGGGACCUGCUCCACCCACAGUGCCCAGCCUGCUGCUCAGGACACUCUCGGGAUUCCUUUCCCAAGACUCAGAGCUUUGCUUAAAAUUUUGAUUCAGGUUCUUGCUAAGUACCCCAGACUGGCCUUGAACUUGCAAUCUUCCUGCCUCAGCUUCCAAUGUUGGGAUCAGAGAUAUACUACCACAUCACCUGACUCUGAGCAUUCUGUAAUGUAUGACCUGCCUUCUCCGGUUGAUGGGUUUCCUGGGGCCGGGUCUGCCUCCCACAGACUGAGGGCUUUGGGCAGAUGAAGGCUGUGUCUCCUCUUCACAUUAAGAGCCCUGGUCAGCUCAGAUCUGCCCAGACCCCAGGCAUUCCAGGAGCAAAGAACUGAGCACAAUUAAAGAAUUUAAAUGACACAAGAAAAUUAAAAUAUGCUUAAAUGUCA